UCUGCACCGCCUGGAGUCUGGCCCACCCUUGGCCUCCCGAAGGCUGCCCGCUCCUCUCUGCCAUCACAGCCUGAAGAGGCCUGCAGCUAUGGACACAGGGGUGCCCAGCCCCUGCCUUGAGCCACCCUCACCAUGCUAGUGCCUGGGGACAAGAACUUCCUUACCGACGUCAUCUACAUUGCCUUUGAGCUGGUCAUUGCCCUGCUGGCUGUCUUUGGGAACAUCCUGGUCUGUUGGGCCGUGUAUCUCAACAGCAACCUGCAGAACGUCACCAACUACUUUGUGGCUUCCCUGGCGAUAGCUGACAUCGCAGUGGGGGUCCUGGCCAUCCCCUUCGCCAUCACCAUCAGCACGGGCUUCUGCGCCUUCUUUUAUGGCUGCCUCUUCAUCGCCUGCUUUGUCCUGGUGCUGACCCAGAGCUCCAUCUUCAGCCUCCUGGCCAUUGCCAUCGAUCGGAUUAUUGCUAUCCGUAUCCCUCUCAGGUACAAUGCUCUCGUGACCAGCUCACGUGCCAAGGGAGUCAUAGCCAUCUGUUGGUUCUUAUCCUUCAUUAUUGGCCUGACGCCAAUGCUGGGCUGGCACAAGAAGCCUCUGGAAGAGAAUGGGCCAAGUGAGAAUAGAACCAACUGCAGCAGCAAUAUGAUGCAUUGCUUCUUUGCGACUGUGGUCACCAUGGAUUACAUGGUCUACUACAACUUCUUUGCAUGUGUGCUGGUUCCUCUCCUCCUGAUGUUUGGGAUCUACUUGAAGAUCUUCAUGACGGCCCGGCAGCAGCUCAAGCAAAUGGAAAACAAGAUGAUGCAUGGAGAGCGAUCCCGAUCCAUCCUGCAGAAAGAGGUCCACGCAGCCAAGUCUCUGGCCUUCAUUGUUGGGAUGUUUGCCGUCUGCUGGCUGCCAUUACACUUGAUCAAUUGCUUCACCCUCUUCUGCCCCACUUGCAAAGACCCUCCCCCCGGGGUCAUGUACCUGGCCAUUAUCUUAUCCCACGCCAACUCCGUGGUGAACCCCCUGAUCUACGCCUACCAGAUCCGGGAGUUCCGCUGCACCUUCAGGAAGAUCAUCCAGCGGUACAUCCUGUGCAGGAAGCAGGGCUUCAGAUCCGCCACCGCCAGCCGGAGGACUUCUGCUCAUGACGGGGAGACCGAAAACAUCACCCUACAGAUCAGCAACUAUUCGCUCAACUUCUCCUCCAGCAGAGACUUCAGCAGGAUCCACGGGGGCGGUUCUGGGGGGCAAAGCAUCUGCAUGGAAUGGACCCCAAGCCAAAAUGGACUAGCCGGAGAAGUGAAUGGACACCUUGUAGUUUCCUGCAAAAAUGGGGAGCUCCAGAAAAACGGAGCCCCUUAGCCAAGAGCCUCUUGGGGUUCCUGGGUUUUAUGGCGAUGUGAAGGCUUCAUGGGGAGCCUCGAAGGCAUCCUGAAGAUGGUGGGGCUGAAUCUUCCUGGGCUGCAACUAACGGUGGGAAUCCUUCUGAAGGGUUAGGGGAGAAGAGGAAGAAGGCACCAGAACCAGGCAGGAACCUUUGCAGGCGGAGGCCCAGCAAGCCAAGGGGUUCCCUACAUACUUCAUGGAUGCUUAAGGGGUCUUGGAGGAGGGGGGAGGGGCAACAGCCCACGUGAUCAUACCAGUCGGUGGCCAAAUUUUGCCACAGUCCGGAUGCACUUGGAGAAUCAAAGGAAACGGCACGUUUUGCUGCAGGAGGGAGGGAAGGCUGACUAGUGGCCACCGAGUCCAUCUGGCUGCCUGGCCGAAAGCCCCAAACAACAUUGUGUAAAUGCCACUGUUUGUGUAAGAACACAAAGUAGAGCAUUCUUCAGUGCAAACUCC